AUGAUUCCAAGAGCUAUUACAGCUUUCCACCAAAAAGCCGAGUGGGUUUUAGUUUUGGUCAUGUUUGAUGUGGUUGAUGUGGUUAUAUUUGAUGAAUUGCUUGUGAGCGAUGUGCAAGAGAAACAUGUGGAUUAUGCGGCAUUGGCUAGAGAGCUCCAUGUUACAUCGGCGGUAUACGUGGUGGGAUUAAGGCUGGACGGUGCUUAA